AUCUGUGGGCAAGUGUGAGGGGCUCCGCACGUGGGGUUGGGGCUGGCAGCCGGCAGGAGGGCUGAGCGUGUGUUUGGUUCAGUGUGUCGUGCGUGCGGGUGGUGUGUAAGCGUCGUCUCCUUGGGGUUUGAGCGGGGGAGAAAUCAAUGUGGUCAUUAGUCGUGGAAAGAAUUCCACCGAGGGUGCCGGGACCAGCGCGUGUGGAAGCCCAUCCGAUGGUACCUCACAGGGACUAGGAGAGACGAGCCUGGUCGGACAGUGAGAAUAUGAACCUCUUACCUAAGAGCUCCAAGGCGUUUGGCUCCGUGGACUAUUGGGAGAAGUUCUUCCAGCAGCGAGGAAAGAAAGCUUUCGAGUGGUACGGAACCUACCUGGAACUGUGCGGCGUGCCGCACAAAUACAUCAAACCCAGGGAAAAGGUACGCGCGGCCUGGCGGUCCUGAGUGUGUGCUCGGGAACGUGGCAGAUGAUAACUUUACUCCUGGUGGAUAGAGACAGGCGUGAGGGCCCUAAUUGGGCCCAUGUUUUGAGGCUUCUCCGCGUCAUUCCGGCCCAAAGUAGGCAAUUUAAAAAUGUUCUUGUAAAGGCUUUCGGAUAACAGACAUGCGGCGCCCAGCUCACCGCUGAACUAAUAGCCUCAUUGGGACAGUGACUUCGUUAGUUGGGCAACCUAGGUAUGGCCUCCUAGAGAGACCCUGUGCUUUUCUGGCACCGUCCAUCCGUGUAGAGCAGACAGUACUUGUGGCUUUACUGACACAGGAAUCUGUUAGCCAAAUCGUUGUUGUGGGCACACUGAAUUUCAGGCACUGUGCUCAGCAAGGUGAGCAACAAGAGCAGCAAGGCGUAAACCUUGGGCACGUUCCGGAAGUGACAAGUGGUAAAUGCAACGACGGGGUAGACAGAGAUGGAAUUGUACUGGAGGUAGGAAAAAAGGAAGGGAGCAAACUAACCUUCGUGGAGGAUGCUUUACGUGCCAGACAUGCUGGGUGCUGCGUGUGUGUGUGUGUGUGUGUGUGUGUGUGUGUGUGUCUGUCUGUUCAGGAGUUGGAUUCUCAUAAUAAACUCUGUCAGGUUCAUUCAUUGUAGGACAUGUAAACUGGGGCUCUGAGAUCCAGUUUCUUGCCCAAGGUCAUACAUAUAGUAUGUGGUCACAUGGGAGUUUAAACUCAGGCCCAUCUAGUCCCAGCGCAUGCACUUCUCACCAAACUUUUCCAGAGAUGGUGACAUUGGGACAGAGUUUUGAAGGAUCAGUGGGCUUCAAGAGGCUGAUCACCGUGGCCCUUCACCGAGGUCAGCAGUACGAAGGCAUGGACAGCAUCCAGGCCGAGCUGUCAGCCAGAGUCCUGGAGCUGGCCCCUGCCGGGAUGCCCACCCAGCAGCAGAGACCCCACUGGCAUUGUUGGUGGUAGGCCUGGGCGGGGGCAGCCUCCCCCUGUUUGUCCACGAUCAUUUCCCGAAGUCCUGCAUUGAUGCUGUGGAGAUCGACCCCUCCAUGUUGGAAGUGGCCACCCAAUGGUUUGGCUUCUCCCAGAGCGACCGGAUGAAGGUCCACAUUGCAGAUGGCCUGGACUAUAUUACCAGCCUGGCAGGAAGAGAAGUGCAGCCCCACUACAGCGUCAUCAUGUUUGACGUAGACAGUAAGGACCCAACACUGGGGAUGAGUUGUCUGCUGCCGGCUUUUGUGGACCAGCCUUUCCUGCAGAAGGUCAAAAGCAUCUUGACUCCUGAAGGUGGCGAAUACUUGUUCUGCUGGGAAACAGAGAAGUACCUCUUGAGUAAAAAAUAUGCCUCCCAAGUUCAAGCGCCACCUAAAUGACGAUGAUGUCACUGGUUCUGUGAAAAGUGAAAGGAGAAAUCUUUUGGAAGAUGAUUCAGAUGAAGAAGAAGACUUUUUUCUAAGGGGACCAUCUGGACCAAGAUUUGGACCUAGAAAUGAUAAAAUUAAGCAUGUUCAGAAUCAGGUGGAUGAAGUUAUUGAUGUCAUGCAAGAAAAUAUUACAAAGGUAAUUGAAAGAGGGGAGAGACUAGAUGAACUACAGGACAAAUCAGAAAGCUUAUCGGAUAAUGCAACUGCUUUUAGCAACAGAUCGAAACAACUUCGAAGGCAAAUGUGGUGGCGUGGAUGCAGAAUAAAAGCCAUCAUGGCUUUGGUUGCUGUUACCCUUUUGCUAGUGAUUAUCAUUCUUAUAGUCAUGAAAUACCGUACUUGAUUUGGUGACAGAGAUCUUCAUUACGCAAGAUCUGGGACAACAAUAAUAAAAGAUUGCUGCAUAAUUUAAAUGAAACCCAUGUAUAUAACUUUCAAAACUUCUUUUUCAAGAAACUAAGAGGCAAGUAUCACUUCAAAUUGGAGCAUUGAGAAUGUCCAGUUAUCUUCUUCCCUUCUAACAAAAUGUGUCUUUAAAAAUUAUGUUUAAGGCAAGAUAGCCAGCCUCUAUUUUGCCAUAUUCCAAGGAUCUAAUUUGAAACCGGAUACUUGCCAGUUUAUUGUUUGUAUACAUAAUUAAACAGUGAUGACGAUACUGCAGACUGUUAGUAGAAGGACCUGCAUUAUCGCAUCGACCUGGGGUCAGACCGGGAGUCCAGAAAGAAGCCCAUGGAGAGCACCAGAUCAUUGUGCUAAGACACGCACCGUCGUUCCAUCGGUAUUUGCAAGAUUCUUCACACAUUACAGUUGCUUUGCGAGCAAUUUCCACGUUUAUGGGCAUAACAAAAGCUAAAUGUUGUAAAUGUUGCUGCCUUCAGCUAUAACUAAAACAUUCCAGUAAACCUAUUUUUGACUGUAUAAGGGAAUGUGUAGUAAUAUUUUGGCAUUUGGAUUAUGGAACUGGAAAAUUUAAACGAUAUGAAAAGCAUAGUAUGGCACCAUAAAACUGGAGAUAAUAAAAUUCUUGGAGAACAUCAUUGGAGUGUUUGAACAUGAAUAGCAUGGUUCAGUCUGUUUCCAGUUAGCCUGCAAUAAGGAGGGACAAUCCUGAUGUGAGUAAAUGAAAUCCACAGGUAACUUAUUCCUUAAUUUUGUUUUCUUUGAUAGCUUCCCUCUUUGUCCUUCUGCCAGAAGUGCUAAAAGUAGCAAAAUCGUCUUAGAAUUUGCUACUUUUGCAUACCUGAUCAUCCCCUGAGAGAUGCAUGUUGUACAAUCAAGUGUCAAAUUAGCCACCAGUAAUGAUUAUAAAAAGCCAGGAGAGAGUUAUCUAUCAGUCACUACCCUAAUAGCUAGAGUCAUCAUUAAUCUAAGACUGUUUGUACAGCAAUAAAAUGUAUUGUUAACUUUAAAAUGUGCCAACAAGUCAAAGUGAAAAUACAUAGUUCUCUAUCAGGGAGGAAGCUUUAUCAUAACAUUAGAGGUUCUGCAGACACUGAUGCACAUGUAUAUGUUGACUGUAUAUAUGUAACUAAAUCUGAGAUA